GAACCAUGGCUGCCUGCCCCUCUAUAAAAACGCUCCAUCAGUUUCUGCUCCUCACCAUCUUCUGCUCUUAUUAUACACUCCAUUUCUCUCAUUUUUCUCAGUUUCUGGCCUCAUGGCGAAGAUUAAGAUCGGAAUCAACGGGUUUGGCAGGAUUGGUCGUUUGGUUGCGAGAGUUGCUCUGCAGAGGGACGAUGUGGAGCUUGUUGCUAUUAAUGAUCCAUUUAUCACGACUGAUUACAUGACAUAUAUGUUCAAGUACGACACCGUCCAUGGCCAUUGGAAGCACAGUGAGGUGAAGGUGAAGGAUGAAAAGACCCUCGUCUUUGGUGAUAAGACUGUAAAAGUGUUUGGAGUCAGGAACCCUGAUGAAAUCCCGUGGGGUGAAACAGGUGCAGAGUAUGUUGUGGAGUCCACUGGGGUCUUCACGGACAAAGAUAAGGCUGCUGCUCACUUGAAGGGUGGGGCUAAGAAGGUAGUGAUAAGUGCACCAAGCAAAGAUGCUCCCAUGUUUGUUGUUGGUGUGAAUGAGAAGGAAUACAAACCUGAGUACAAUGUCGUCUCCAAUGCUAGCUGCACCACCAACUGCCUUGCUCCCUUGGCUAAGGUUAUUCAUGACAGGUUUGGCAUUGUGGAGGGCCUUAUGACCACUGUUCACGCCAUUACUGCUACUCAAAAGACCGUCGACGGCCCGUCUGCUAAAGACUGGCGAGGCGGCAGAGCGGCCUCCUUCAACAUCAUCCCCAGCAGCACUGGUGCUGCAAAGGCUGUCGGGAAAGUGCUUCCAUCUCUGAACGGGAAGCUGACAGGGAUGUCGUUCCGGGUCCCUACAGUUGAUGUCUCAGUUGUCGAUCUCACUGUCAGGCUGGAGAAGGAAGCAACCUAUGACGAGAUCAAAGCUGCGAUCAAGGAAGAGUCGGAGAACAAGCUCAAGGGCAUUCUUGGCUACACUGAGGAUGACGUUGUCUCCUCUGACUUUGUUGGCGACAACCGUUCGAGCAUAUUCGAUGCCAAGGCGGGGAUCGCGUUGAGCAACAAGUUCGUGAAGCUCGUGUCGUGGUACGACAACGAGGUCGGGUAUAGCUCCCGUGUGAUCGAUUUGGUGGUUCAUAUGGCUUCUGUUGCUUGAAGGAGGAGACUUCUCGCCUUAUUUGCGCUUUCUGAUUCUUAAGAAUUAAACUCGUGUUUCUGAAUCACAUUGCUGAGACUAUGAGUCGUGUUUCUCCCUGUGUAUCUCUUACUGUGAAGAGAGCUUUUUAUUUGUCAAUUUGAAUGAGAUGUCGCAUUUUCAAAUUUAUAAUUAAGUAGUCUCAAUCCGGGCGAUA